AUGUUUGAAACACAAGAAACGGACUCAGAGGAGCCAAACGCAACGAAUUCUUGUCAAAUUGCACCUCAACAGAAUAGUCUUCCUGAAGGUCGUGUCAGCCGCACACUAAACGAUCUCAUGGGUGAGACGCAGCGUAAAGCUAUGCUGGAUCGGAUUCUGGCCGAUAUGGAGUAUCUAGCAGUCGAACCGACGUAUCCGCGGCUCGGACAAUCGGAAGACACAAAAACACAGCGAAGUACUCAAUGUGCGAGACCACACCAGCCAUCUAUCCAAACUUCUAUACACAACGAGUCCAAGGAGCAAGUACAGCCAAGGCAGCGCAAGUUCACAGCAUUGUGGUCGCUCGGCAGUCUAACUGACUAUUCCGACGACGAUGACGACGAUAGUCUUGACGGUUUGAGUGGCAGUCAGACCGGGUACAGACGACAACGUCGUAGACUGCAGCAGCUCAAUCAACAGGACGAAGGACCGCGAAUCUUUUGGCAGAAAUCGACUGGUGCAAAGUCUGCGGUGGAUGUGCCCGAGAGGCUGCUGACGUUGACUCCCUCGCCACCACAUCGAAUGAAAUCGCAACAUAUUUUACUCGGACGACGGUCCCAUACGCCACGUCAGCAAUCGAAAACUUCAGCUAUUAUCAAUGAUAAACGACGUAAAGACAGUCAACCCGCACCUCCUAAAACAGCGCCACGUCGCCAGUUGCGUACGCCGGCGUCAAUGUCCCCACCGCCGUCUCCUCCUAAGGCUAACUAUGGCGCUUGGUACGUUCCGCAGUCCGAAUGGUGGUCGUUGCAUCGGAUAGAGCAGCAGAAUAUCACCGACAAAUUCCCGGUUUUAACCGUCAGUAGUGACAAGGACGAGAGUCAUUGCCACGACAGUCCAAUACAACGUCAGUACAAGCCCCCGUUGCCAGCAGCAGCGCUCUCUCCUCGCUCGAAGGAGACAGUUGCCAGUGUCCAAAUCGCAUCCAGCGGGGGCAGGAUCCCGUCUGCAAGCUCGCACAGCGGCGCACCGCCCUCUGCACCGCUUGAACUUCAAGUGGCGGGCAUUCCGCAGUCGUACAUCGGGCGCGAGUAUCGUGCGUACAUCGUCAGCACGGGAUCAGCCAUGCCACAGUAUCUGCAAUGACCCAGAACCGAAUAUUUGAAGUUGAAGUCAAUACAGGAGUGAUGGUCACAA